AUGAAGCAUGAUGCUAAAUUUGGGAAGUUCUUAAAGGUGCUUAAAAAGCUCUACAUCAACAUUCCCUUCAUGGAAGCAAUCUCUCAAAUGCCAUCAUAUGCAAAAUUUUUAAAGGAGAUCCUUUCCAACAAAAGGAGGUUUAGGGAGUAUGAAACAGUAACAUUGAUUAAGGAGUAUAAUGCAAUUCUUCAAAGCAUGUUUCCUUCAAAGCUUAAAAAUUUGGGUAAUUUCUCUGUUCCUUCUUCUAUUGGUAAAUUAAAUAUUGAUAGGGCUCUUUAUGAUCUUGGUGCUAGUGUGAGCUUAAUGCCCUUAUCAGUAUGUGAGAAGCUAAAAUUGGGAGAGCUCAAAGCAAUCACCAUCUCUCUAUUAUUGGCGAAUAAAUCAAUAAAAUACCCUAUAGGGAUUUUGAAAAAUAUUCUACUUAAGAUUGGUGAGUUCUUUAUCCUAAUCAAUUUUGUGGUGCAUGAUAUGGAAGAGAGUGUAAGAAUCCCAAUAAUAUUAGGAAGGUCUUUCUUAGCAACUACUGGAGCUAAUAUUGAUGUGAAAAAUGGGAGGUUAACAAUGAAGGUGGGAUAG